GGCCGGGUGGGCGAGGACCGGGCCGGGCGCCCACCCAGGACUCCUCCCCGGCGGUUCCUGGGGCCCGGGACGGAGGCGGGAGGCACAGAUGGGACGCUGGGCUCCGGCGUCUGCAGUGUGACCUUGGACAGCCCACAGCGCUCUCCUGGCCUCAGUUUCCCUGUGUGUUCAGUGAGUCGGUGAAUUAGAGCUGAGAUUUUAUCUGCUCAGGGUCUUAAGGAGGGCCUGUGAAGCAAUCCUCCAAAACGCAGGUGGCAGAUAAUUCCGUGCUUAUCUGUAUUUUUCUGGGCAGAGGCCCUGUGGAUUUAGUCAGGUUGCCACACGUAUGGAACCCAGAAAGGGCCACUGCCCGCCCAUUCACGAAGUGGCCGUUUGCAGUCGCCCUGUCUGGAGGGAAGGGCGGGCAGGGGAGGGCGUGGCUCGUUCCCGGGGGUGGGUGCCAGCUCCAAGUGGGGCCAGGGAGAAAAGCCGGCUGAGCCACACUGGGCUGCCCAAGGAGGGCAGAGUCUGCCUGUGCCAGGACACGCAUCCUAGUUCCCGAGUCUGCUGCUUCCCAAGUUGUUUCUCUGGGGCAGUAGGUGCCCCCACAGGUCAGAAAUCCUGCCUGGAAUCUGUUCUGUCUUGUCUCUGAGAGGUAGACUUAAUUAAAGGUGGGUAAUUUUACAGCUGGGAUAAAAGAAACACUGUGCUGUUACAGUUCCUGAUGCCCUGCGCUCUGUCAGAGAGCCCUGGACAGAGCAGUCACGGUCCCUUGAAGCUGGCAGCAUUCAUGUGUACUAGGCUCUGUGUGCACAGGGGACACUUACUCUGGGUUCCAGGAAAGGGAUUUCCCCGAACGAUUCUAGGAUGUGCAACAUCAGACCUCUCCGGGAAGAUCUUUUUAAGCCACUGAAUGAAUGGCCCUUGAGUUGCACAGGAAGGAAAGUGUUGCAUAGAGUGAAAAAUGACAGCAACUGCUGAGGCUGCUUCCCCAGCCCCCCGAAAGAGAACGUCAGUUCCUUCCUGCUCUGGAGAGAGGCAGGGAGAGCAGAGGCCGAUGGCCGCUGGUCCCUGGCUCAACUGCCUAAUCCAGAAGUGGUAGGAAGAAGUGUUUUGACAUCACUGUCAGGUGCUGACGUGUUUUCCUUCAAGUCUGGAGAGUGGGGAUACCCUCUGUGUCCUGGGCAGAACACCACGGAUUAAACCCCGAGGGAUAACGAGGGGACCACACUGCAGGCUGACGUCCCUUGGGAGGCAUAUACGGAAUACCUGAGGAGCAUCCACUACAUUUCCCAGGUGUUACUGGAAGAGGUGGAAACAGCUAAAGGUGUCUGCUGGCAGGAGAGAUCCCAGAGGGACAGGGAGAGAAGGCUCGGGUGAGCGGGCAGUGUGGGUCCAGCGAGGCUGAGGGUGCCGUGGAGCCCACAGGAAGGCAGCUGGGGAAUCUGUGCCCUCUGACACCUCCAAGAUGCUGAAGCUGGCGGAGCAGUGUCUGGAGCGGGCCCAGUCCACAGCUGCCAAGCUCGGGAAAACACGCCUGAAGCCAGCCAUGCCCGUGGCUGCUCCCUCGCCCACCAGCCGACACCGCCGGGUGUAUUCAGAUGAAGGAGGGAAGCUCUCUCCUUUUCUGCCACCUGAGAUCUUCCAGAAGCUUCAGGUGGUAGAGUCACAAAGCUCUAAGAAAGAGCUGACACCACUGGAGGAGGCCUCCCUGCAGAACCAGAAGCUGAAGGCUGCAUACGAGGCCCGGAUGGCCCGUCUGGACCCCAGCCAGGCCAUGCAGAAGACAUCCCUGACCCUGUCUCUGCAGAGGCAGAUGAUGGAGAACCUGGUGAUCGCCAAAGCCCGGGAGGAGACACUCCAGCGCAAGAUGGAGGAGCGCCGGCUGCGGCUGCAGGAGGCCGCCAACAGGUGCGUCUGCCGCCGCCGGGCAGCCGGGAGGCCUAGGGGGCCGCGCCCCAGGUCCGGCCCGGGGCCCACCUCGCCCUUGCCCCCCAGGAGGUUCUGCAGUCAGGUCGCGCUGACCCCGGAGGAGCGCGAGCAGCGGGCGCUCUACGCCGCCAUCCUGGAGUACGAGCAGGACCACGACUGGCCAAAGCAUUGGAGGGCCAAGCUCAAGAGAAGCCCAGGGGACCUGUCGCUGGUGACGAACCUGGUCUCGCACUUGCUCAGCCUUCCCGACCACCCGAUCUCGCAGCUCCUGAAGAAGCUCCAGUGUGCCGUGUACAGCACGCUGUACCCUGUGGUGAGCGGGGCCGCCCGCGCUGCGCCUGCUCCAGGCUGCUGCUCCGGGCCCCCAGACACCGACCGGCUGCUGGCUCCGGGGAGCCGCCGGCUCCGGUCCUCGCAGAGCCUGUACUGCAUGCUCUCCCCACCAGAGCCCGGCUCGGCCCUGCGGCCCCAGGACAGCUCCCCGGCCCCCGCCACCACACCCCCGCUGCACCCUGGCCCCCCGGACAGAGGGGCAGAAAGCAGCCCCGGGGGGCCACCCUCACCCCUGGGGGAUGCCUCAUCCCACCUGCCAGACAAAGACAGCUCCUUUGAGGACCUGGAACAGUUCUUGGCUACAUCUGAGAGGUGGGGCCAGGGUCUUGGGGGGCAGCCCGAGCCACAGACCCCCGGGGUACAGCAGGAGCCCCUGCUGGAGCAGCUGAAGAGUGCCGUGAAGGACAUACACAACGCCAUUGCAGACAGGCUGCUCUCGUUGACGCUUCUGGCCUUUGAAAGCCUGAACACGGCCGCCUCCAAGGACCGCUGCCUGGCGUGCAUCGAGGAGCCGUUCUUCUCCCCGUUGUGGCCGCUGCUGCUGGCCCUGUACAGGAGCGUGCACCGCGCCCGCGAGGCUGCCCUGAGCAGGAGCAUGGAGCUCUACAGGAACGCGCCCCCCACGGCCAUUGGCAUCCCCAGCAAGCUGCUCCCCCAGGACCCUGAGGCCAGGGGGGCCACCACCUACCCCUACUGCGCAGCAGCGCAGGAGCUGGGGCUGCUCGUCCUGGAGAGCUGCCCCCAGAAGAAGCUGGAGUGCAUAGUGCGGGCCCUGCGGGUCAUCUGUGUGUGUGCGGAGGACUACUGCCACGCCCACGAGGUCGCGUCCGUGGCUGGACCCCAGCCCGUGGCUGCAGCUGCCAUUGGCGCGGACGACCUGCUGCCCAUCCUGUCCUUUGUGGUGCUGCGGAGCGGCCUCCCCCAGCUGGUGUCGGAGUGCGCGGCCCUGGAGGAGUUCAUCCACGAGGGGUACCUGAUUGGAGAGGAGGGCUACUGCCUGACGUCGCUGCAGAGCGCCCUCAGCUACGUGGAGCUGCUGCCCCGGGGGGCCCUGGGCAAAUCGUAGAGGCCAGACCCCAGGGUUCCCAGGGCCAUUCCUCCUGCUCCUCAGAGCCUCAGGACCCACCAAGGACUGUCCAGGAGCUCACAGCCCCCUGCACGCCUGGCCCCGGGGCCAGGGGGUGUGUCAGCCGGGGGUGCCCUCCAGUCCGUGCCACCCCUCACCGCACAUCUGCCCCCAGGGCUGCAGGCAGCGCCAAGGGGCCCCAUCAGGGGAGCUGAGCUGGGGGGUCUCCCAGGCCCUGACACGGGCCCUGUCCCCCCGUGGCUGCAGGCUCAGCCAUGAGCAUCUGGCAGGGCCCCAGCACACCCUCGCCAACACGGGGCAGCCCCUGGGGGCAUCGAGCAGAGCGGGGGCUGCCAGCCCCCCACAGCAGCAGUGGCGGUCUGGUCCCGUCCCCCGAGACUGUCAAAGCUCCUCUGAGCCAGCUCCUUGUCGGAGUUAAGACAAGAGCCUGCCUCCCCCGCCCGGCCCGGGCACAGGUGGUGUGAGAGAGUCUCUUCCCCGGGCGGGGCUGCUCUGUGCCUGACGGGCCAGGCACCGGCGCCCUGCGCUGCCUCUCGCUCACCGCGGCAGUAGGCGGUGAGCAUUCGGGACCCCCGGCCAACUCCGCCCUGAAUGUCCUCCCCCAGGUCGGUGUGAGCUGAGGGUCAGUGCCCGACGGUCACAUGUCCUCUCGUGACCACCAACCCAGCCUAAAAUAAAGAGGUCAUUGCUGUA